AUUUCUGAGCUUGCUAGAGAAAGGAGUGAGAUAAAUGAACCCCAGCCUUUCAUUCUUUUCUUUUUGCUCUCAUUUACAGCACAGAAGAAAGAGGAGGAGGAGAAGCAGAACACUUAAAGGUUGGAGAGCAGGCCUGAGAGAAAGACAGGAGGGGAGGAAGCUGCUUUCAUUUCUGAAAAGGCCCCUGGGCCAGCAUCCUGAUAUUAACCACCUUCGUCAGUUGCUGUGUCCAGACCCCCUCUGUGACGUGUGUAACACCACAAUAGCUAAAGUCAGGCGAGUGCUCUCUCAGACAUCCCUGGAAGAUGCUGAUAGUGACUCUGUGUCCUCUUGGACUUCCACAGAUCAUGAGUCAUCUUGCAUAGAGACCUUUGGCAUCUCAACAGUCCUUCCAGGAAAUGCAAUUCUAGCCCUUGUGCCUAGGCCUUCUCCACCUCCACCCUCUGUUCUCCCACCUGACCCAGUCAGCUCUUUAGUGGACGCACUGACACCUGUGCCGCUGGAUGACUCUCAGCAAGCAGAGCCUAUUCCUCCCUUAGACUCCAGACCCCCAGCGGACUGUUUCCCACCACAGCCACUUGCCUCUGCCCCUUCCCUGCUUCAUUACACUCAGGAAGCAAAACCGGAUCUUCAACCAGAAACCACUUCAUCAGUGGAGAACCCUGGUGGGUUCUGCACUAACAACUUUCAUCCCAUGGAUGUCUCUUUUCAGGGAGACAUUGAAACUCAUCUUGUAGAGCCUGGAAACCUCAAGUUUCUCAGCCCUGACAGCCAGGCCCUCCUGGAAAGACAAAUCAAAAAGAGGCCUGAUUUGCUGAUAGGCAAAGGAAAGGGAAAGAGAACAGAAUCUUUCCCAAAGCAACAUCAGCCAGACUCCCCACUAAAUUUUUCAUGGAAAAGAUCAGAGUCAGCUACUGAUCAGCAGGAUUCUGCAUGCACCCUUCCUAUUUGGAACAGGGAGGGCAAACCAGAGGGACUUCACACACAUCUGAAGCCCCCAGGCCCUAAGACCUUGGAGGCUCAUUUAGAGCAAACACACAGCCAGUUCUUCAGGGGUCUUGCAUCUCUACACAGAGAGUCACUGAACCCCAUUGUACCUGAAUCAGGCAACUGGUCUUCAAUCUUUAUUUGCUUUAAUACAAUCUCCAACACCUCCACGGCCCAGGAAUCCCCGGUCCUUCCACACCCUCCACCUCUGUCCUUGCCUGAGGCCCAACCUGAAGCCGUGCCCCAAACUCUGUCCGGAUCUCAGCCUCCCGAUCUCCUUCCUAUGCAGACCCAGGCCCCACUUCAGAACCCACCCCCAACUCUGCUACUUUCUCCUCAAUGCCAGCCUAGAAGCUGUGGAGUGUGUUUUCAUAGCACCCAGGGUGAGGUACAGUCUCUUCUUACACCUUCUGAAAUUCAACAGCUGGAAAUUAAUGUGCUACAGAAAGUACAAGAAAGCGUGUGGGGUUUACCUUCUGUGGUCCGAAGAUCUCAGGAAGAAUUUUGUCCUCCAGCUCCUAAGCUUUCACUGAUUAAGCAGGCCUCCAAGGCCCAUGUGCCAGUUUCCAUCCUACGGGGAGAUUUUCCCUGCAGCAGUGAGCUUCGAAAGAAACUAGAACACCACCUUCAGAAGAGGCUCAUUCAACACUACUGGGGCCUGCCCCGCAGAGUCCAUGAGUCUCUGUCAAUGAUGCAGCCUCAGAGUCAGGUCCCUGAGACCUCUGAGUCCAAAUGAAGUUAUGGCCUGUCUUGGAUCUCUCUGUAUAAGGGUCAGAGCAACAAG